AUGUGGGCUUUAACGACAGCACUUGGAUAUGUUUUACAAUUUGAGCCCUAUCAAGGGGCAAAAGGCCACCAAACCCAUGAUCCUGGCUUCCUUGGAAUGGGCGGAGCAGUAGUUAUGGACCUGCUUUCAGAGCUGCAGAAAGAUGAUGCAUACCAUCUGACUUUUGAUAAUCUAUUUACUUCCCUGAAGCUCGUGGACCGGCUUACAGAUAUGGGAAUAUCUUGCACAGGAACCAUCCGUGCCAACCGAAUAGAAGAUUGUCCUGUCAAAAAUGUAAAAGACAUGGGAAAACCGCAACGAGGAAACUAUGAUAAAAGGUAUGACGCACACAAAGGUCUGAUAGUGGUGAGGUGGAAUGACAACAAUAUAGUGAAUGUGGUGUCAAAUUGCCAUGGAGUUGAACCAUUGCAACAAGCAACACGGUGGUCAAAGCAGGCAAAAGCUAGGGUGCGCCUUCUGCAGCCAUACCUUAUAAAGCAUUACAACCAGACAAUGGGAGGUGAAGACAGGAUGGAUCAAAAUGUUGAGAAGUAUCGUAUCUCUAUCAGAUCCAAGAAGUGGUGGUGGCCAGUGUUUAUGUAUUGCAUUGACCUUGCGGUGCAGCAAACCUGGCACAUUUACCGUGCUACUGAUGCAGGAUUGAGGCAACCAUUAGAUCUGUUAGGUGUCAGACGAGCUCUGGUUACUGUGCUGCUUGCUCAGGGGCGUACACCUGCUGUCAGCCCUGGCAGACCAAGAGGUAGGAUGAGGCCAUUGUCAAGAAGAAUUCCAGACCAUAAUCGACUUGAUGGUAAAAAUCAUUACGCAGAGCCAGCAAAAGAAGUGCGCUGUUCAUUGUGUGGAAAAAAAUGCAGGACACAAUGUUCCAAAUGUAAUGUUGGAGUGCACAGGAAAUGCUUUGAAAUGUUUCACAGUGUUUAG